AAUAAACGUCAAACAAUAGCAAACUACCACGGCUCAAACACAGUAUUUCUAGUCGGUGUACUAAUGUCCGUUGUCGGGGGUGUUUUUGUAACGUUUGCUCUGAUGGCUUUGUGCUACAGAAAGAAAACCACUCGCCUUAAAUACGACCCGCCGUACGCGAAGAAGCCCAUGGCCAAGUACGUGAGCGGGGCUAACGCUAACGCUAACCACCAUCACUCCCAGGACGACAUCAGCCUCGACGGCUCCAAGAUAAUGUUCGGCAACCAGACGACGCAGUUUAGGCUCCCGAUAAGGGACAAAUCGAUCCGCAGGCUAACGGCGACGUCGGGCAGCGAGGACGAUCCCACGCACUCUGGCGAAGAAGAGACCGUAUCGUUCAUCGAUCUACCCCCAAACAAUAUCUCGAAAAUCCCGGAAAAGGGCAUACUUAAAAAACAACAACAGCAACAACAACAACAACAGCAACAGCAACUCCAGCAACAAUUCGGUGCCCUCGUGUUGGGCGAUGCCAACAAAGAAAAGUGGCCCGAUGACACACAAUCCGAUAAUCUCGAAAUGAUGAUAGCUCAGCAAGAAUCCACUACUAUUCCUCCAUCAGGUGGUCCACCGGGCAGUGGCAUCGGUGUUGGCGGCCAGCCCGUCGCAGCCGGCGGCGGCGGCAUGACCGGGGUCAUCAUUCCGGGCGUGUCGGACAUCGAGCGCACCGUCAAGAGCCUCAACGGGUACCAUGAGGACAUUCUGGAGGCGUUACGCCGCUCGGCGGCUCAAGGACCUCCGCGCAGUAGCGCCAACACGCCUUCGGGCAGCAUCAGCGAGGAGCUGCUCCGGAAGACGAUAGCGGACUGCGUCACGGCCGGCAUACCGCUGGGGCCACCCCCGAGCGUGUACCCGACGGAGCGCGAGUACAAACGCAGCUGCAGCUCGCGGACCGGCUCCAAAGAGAACAUCUGCGAACCGUCGCAGCACGUCCUCAGCGAUACGGGGGCCACUUCGACGCUGCUGCAGCACCACCGCCAACAGCAGCAGAUGCAUCCCCAGGACGAGGACGAUACGCCCACGGCGGGACCGCUACGCAUCCGAAACCUGGAGGACCUCAUCCGGCAGCUGGAACACCACUCGUCACGCCACAUGAGUCCCAGCGGGUCCGAGGACAUUCGGAUGUCCGAAACCGAGGUCGACCGCCACUAUAGAGUAGAUAGUUCAGCCGCUUGUAGUGAAUCUUCGCAUGGCUCAAACCAACAACUAGCUCAAUCGCAGAAAACUGCCACGAUACUGCCGCCCUACAGUAGUCGGUGUCGGCCACCGCGGUCCGACGACGAGUCCCGGUUUUCGUACGGGGCUGGCGGUGGCGGCGGCGGUGGUGGCACCGGUGGCCCCGGAAGCAGCGGAACCGGCCGCUACCGGCAUCCGGCCAGCCGUCACCCGGCCCACCAGUCACACUCACCGCACUCGCCGCACGCCUUCGGUCAUCACACGCACCAUGGGCACGCCCACGGUCAUUCCGGACACGGUGGCCACUCGUCACACCACUCUUCCCACACGCACCUGCACCAGGACGAUGAGGGCAUCUACGAGAGUGCGGACCCGGUGCACCCGGGCGUCCACCCUGGAGUGGUCCACGGGCAUGACCGGAACGCGCUGAGCGACCAGCGGGACACCAACGAUAGCGAAAGUGAUGACUUAUUUCAAGCUCAACAACAGUUAGCCCGAUGGGCGAGUGAGGACGUGGUUUCCGUGGUGGUAAUGGAGCAAGGAUCGGAUUCGUCCCACGCGCAAGGUCCAUCAUCAGCCAGUACCAUGCACGGCCAUAUUCAACAACAUCCAUCGCAUCAGCAACAGCAGUUGCAUCAUCAGCAGCACGACAGCAGCAGUUUGGCAUCGGCGCCCAACACCACCACCAACACCAGCCAACACGUCAAUGGAGUACCAGCAAUGGGCAGCUGUCACAAUAUCAACAGUUUGAGCCACCAGUUGGUGAACAGUCGCGACUACUAUCCUUCGCCACCCUCCACCGAGACCGAGAGCAGUGGAAGCGUAAUCCAGCCCCCGUCGAGACGUGGACCCAUUAUGCAAGGCCAAGGACCCGACGGAAAUCAUAUAAUGGAGAGUACAGGUCGCUAUCCCGAAUAUAAACACUGAUAGUAGCUACACGGGAUUUAAUUCCGCUCGCAAAUUGAAUCCCCUGAACAACACUACUAAAGCGAAACACUAGCGUUAAAACAAGCAAACAAAAAAGAAACACACACAAACACAAAUUACAUCAUCGAGUCGAAUUUAUACUAUGGUAGCAGUAGUGAGCUCAGGCGUGUAACGAGCGCCCGAACACGCCAUUCACCAAUACGAUGACAAAGUAGGCGCGUCGAACGCUCCUUCGCAAAAUGAAACUCACACAAUCGCGAUGAAGAAAAAGCUCAAAGAAGGCGGGGUGACAAAGAUUCCCCUCCACGAAAUAGGGAUAAUAGGGUCGGUAAACACUUUCCAUUAAUAAUUCCACAGCGCGCGAAGAUCAGUCUAAGGAGCAACAAAGUGUUCACCAUUACUGUGUAGCACACACACACACACACCAACACACAGACACACCUUUCGCCGCGGGGUGCCUCCGAAACACACAGGGCUAAAACAGGUCGCAACCGCCUAACCGUGCAGAGAAAGUAUGUAGAAUAUGAAAAAUUGAACAAAAAUGUCUCCCCUCUAAGUAAAAAGGCCGCCCGCGAGCCUGUUUUUGCCAGGCCGCGGCGCCACGCCAUCACCGUGUGUGUGUUUGUGAAUAUUAUAGGCAAAUAAAAAAAAGAAGCUCAUUCCCCCUCGCCACACUCACUCAAACAAAGCAGAAAAAAAACGUUAAGCUCCCUCCACCUCACACGCUCACAUUCAUUAUUACGCGAGGCUGAACAAAAAAAAACAUCAAAUCGUGUCACAUCACUCAUUUCGCCAUUCAUCGACUGGUUGUUCGAACUGCUGAACGGAGAACAAACACAAACAGAAGGAAAAAAACCACGAUAGGAUAAAUUGUUUAGAAAUUUAUAUCAAUAGCGCAGCAACAGCGAUGUGGCCGUUAACAAACAAAAAAAAACAUAAUAAUAAUAAUACAAAAAUAAUAUACGAGAUUUUUUACUACAUGCAUCCGACAAAUACACACACACAAAAACUCACAAAACAGAACAAUAUUGGCAGAUAAAAUAGCACAUGUACGCAAAAAAAAA